AUGUCGACUCGCUACUGCGGCGCCCCACCACCCUUCCCACCGCCCAUUUACGCGCCCCUUAGCGGCCAGGGCGGCGCUCAGCAGGGCGCUGGUGAUUCGCAGGAGACUACCUACCUGUACAUACCCAAUAACGCCGUGGGAGCGAUUAUCGGCACCAAGGGCUCGCACAUCCGCAACAUUAUUCGCUUCAGCAACGCUUCGGUCAAAAUUGCUCCGCUCGAGCAGGACAAGGGCGAAGGGAACGCCGGAGCCGGAGCCGCCGUUGCGGCCGCCGCUCAGCAAGAGAGGAAGGUGACCAUCGUCGGCAGCCCCGAAGCUCAGUGGAAGGCGCAGUACCUGAUUUUUGAGAAGAUGCGCGAGGAGGGCUUCAUGUCUGGCUCUGACGAUGUGCGGCUCACCGUCGAAAUAGUCGUGGCUUCGUCCCAAGUCGGACGUAUCAUAGGAAAGGGUGGCCAAAAUGUCCGCGAACUGCAACGCGUCACCGGGUCGGUGAUCAAGCUUCCCGAACAAGCUCAGCCGGCGGCUGCGAUCGCUCAGGACCAUGAGACUACUGUCCACAUCGUCGGGCCGUUCUACAGUGUGCAGUCUGCUCAGCGGCGCAUCCGCGCCAUGGUGGCUCAGGCGAGUGCGCCGGGUCGGCACCGCCGUGCUGCGCAGCCGCCGCCGCCGCCUCCCCAGCAGCAGUAG